GGGGACAGGACAAGGGGAGAGAGUCAGUGGUGGUCAGUGGUGUCAAACAGUGGGUGUAACACACCUCGUACUCCACUGGUCUGCCUUACCUACCCAGGUUUAUCUUUUGGUUGUAGUUCCACCCAUCUUACCUUGGUUGUAGAAUUCUACCUUCUGGUGCCGAGCCAUUAUGGCUGGAGCCAACAAGCGCACAAGCGUCAUCUUGGCUGUGUUGGCAGUGGUGUUUGUGGUCAUCAUCAUCAUACUGUGCCUUGUACCCCAACCCUGCCAUGGCCCUGACUGCCACUGCACUGGACCUCACUGUCAGGUGAGUCAAGAGAAGCAUGGAGGAGCACCCCCUGACAUCCUAACAGAUGCAACAACAGAAGUAACUACAUCAGUAUCUACAACUACAACUACUGCUCCUACAACUACAUCUACUACUACAACUACAUCUACUACUACAACUACUGCUCCUACAACCACAAUGCCCUUAGAAACUACAGAGUCCAGUACACUUUCCACAACCACUGAAAAGUCAACGACACUGUCCUCAACCACCGAGCAGUCAACUACACUUUCCCCAACCACUCAGGAAUCAACUACACCAUCCACAACCACUAAACAUAUUGCAUUCUUAACAACUGAAGCAUCAACAACUGAAGAGCUAACAUCACCGGUAAGUUCAACAACACUGUCCUCAACAUCUGACGAGUUUGACACUACAAUGUCAGCAACAGAUGAGUCGACAGCUGUCACACCAGAACUUUUUUCGGAAUAUGAAGUUAAGUGGUCAACUGAAGAACCAACUACAGCAGUUUCAUCAAGUGAAGGGCCAGCUACAACGAUUGCUUCAAGUGAAGAGUCGACUACAAUGACUGAUUCAAGUGAAGAGUUGACUACAAUGAAUAUGACAAGUGAAGAGACAACUAUAAUGACUGCAUCAAGUAAAGAGACAACUACAAUGACCGCGACAAGUGAAGAGACAACUACAAUGACCGCGACAAGUGAAGAGACAACUACAAUGAUCCCGACAAGUGAAGAGACAACUACAGUGCUUGCUACAAGUGAAGAGCCAGUCACUCUAUCCUCAACUGAAGAAUCAACUAUUCAGUCAACAAGUGAAGAACCAACUACAAUGUCGUCAACAACUGAUGACUCGACUACACCAUUAUCAAGCACAGUGCCAUCAACAACUACACUAUACUAUAACUUAACUAAAAGUAAUGAGACAUGCAACACUAUAGCCUGCAAGCGAUUGGCAGCUCGAAUGUUGGAUAUGAUGCAUCUUGGCAACAUCGACCCAUGUGAGGACUUCUACGAGUACUCGUGUGGGGGAGUGUUGGACGACCCAUUCCUGAUCCCCGAGGAUCCCCAGCUCAUCACACAUCACAUCAUCAAAGAUGCAUUGGCACGAGUGUCUGCGAGUGACCCAGAUGUUGGUCCCAUGCGAGAAUACUACGACACUUGUUUGAAUUACAUGGAGACAUAUAAUGAAACAAUGCGCUUGGAGCAGGCCAAGGACUUUUUCAACAACAUUUCAUUGGUAUUUAAUCCCAAUGUAGGAGGCAUAGUGAAUACUAGUGACGAGUGGCCGGGCUACGACAAUAACUUUGAUUUAACAUCCUGCUUGGCCAAAAUGAUGAAGUUGCACUUCACCCCACUGUUUGAUCUGCAUCUGGAUGUUGAUGGUAAUGACACUAAGAAGUUCGUGCUCAAGCUCACCCCACCAUUGUUUGACUCGGCUUUCAGCAAUGAUUUGGCCCAAACAAUCUGCCUUCACAAAUAUAAACUAAGUCUAGAAAAUGCUACACUUACAAGUAAAACAAUUGAUAUUAAUUCAGAAUAUGAAGAGUUUCAACAAUGCAAGUCUCGUGGUGCUGGACUUCAAGCCAGACUGGAAAGAAUGAGUCUCGCAGUGAAUGAGAUGAAGCUGAUGGAGAACUUUGACAACAUCACUCUUAAGGAGAAAAUUCUAGCAAACACGAAAAUUAAUACUAACUUCUUCUUGGAGAGUCUAGCUGAUCUCCUGCCAAAGACACCGGACAUGCGGAACAAGAAUAUCAACAAAGAAUAUGAGGAAUUCACUCUCAAGGAGCUGAUUGAUGGAGACGUCUUCACAUACUCAAAAGAUAAAAUCGUGUGGGAUGCACUGUUGGAGGAACUAACAGGAGAAGAUAUGAGCCCUCAGACAAUGGUCCAGGUCUACUUCAAGAGUGAACUUAAUGACAUCAUGUCAUUAAUUAAUGAUGAGUUAAUUGAUCCAAUAAACCUGCAGAAUAUUCUGCUGCUACUGUGGAGUGAACGAGUGUACACAGACCUGGUGAAGCCUGUGGGAGCUGCUCUCAGCACACCUGAAUACUGUUAUCGUGCCACCACUUCCCUCAUGGAGGACUUCACAUCUUAUCUCUACCUGAAUGCCUUGCCCAACCUUGCCCAAAGACAUGAUAAGGUUAACGAAAUGAUAGGGAUUCACAAGAACACUGCCGAGGAGCAAUUGAAACGACGCUUCAACGACCCAAACAGCCCCAUGGUUGCAAAGCUUCGUCUAAUGUCUGCUGAGACUGCCGACAUAAAUGUGAUCAAACAAGUUAUUCAGAACAACAAGAAAAGUGUGAAAUUAAAUGAAAACUUCAUGGACAACAGUAAGGUUCUGUUGGAGCGGUAUCGAACCUUGAUGUACAAGCUCUAUCACAGACCAACCAACGAGCCACAAGUAAUGUGGAGCCAGUUCCUUUUGCCCUAUGAUACUUAUGGUGUUACUUCAUAUGCCCUUAACAAGUUCUUUAUACCAUAUGCAGCUCUAGAAGCUCCACUUUUCUUUAAUGAUGUCCCCAAAUACAUAAACUAUGCUGGACUGGGUCACAUGAUCGCUCACGAGUUCGCACACGGCUUUGAUGCCACAGGAAUUAUGUACGACGGAUCUCGGAAAUUAAAUGCCAGUACCCCUAUGGAAGGCAUUAACCAGUUUGUAAAUGUUACGGAAUGUCUGAAAGAGCAGCUUGAGUGGCCUUGGGUGUCUACUAGUGUCACUGGUCUUCAGUCAAAUAUAUCUUUGCCCCGUAAUCUGGUCUUCAACGAAGUGAUGGCGGACUCGGCAGCAACUCGCCUCACUUGGGAAGCCUAUCUUAGUGAUGUAUAUGUUGUCCCUCCAAAACCAACACAAACUGCUCCACUUCCUGGUGGUCGAAAUACUGUAAACCGUCGAAAGCGGUCGGUGAAGCAAAGUGAGGCCAGCAUCAAGAGAGACAAGCGCCAAGCAUCAUCCUACUUCCUGCCCUCUAUAGAAUCACCCGAGAAAAAAUUACCUUGGCUCAAUUUAACUCCUAUCCAGGCCUUCUUUGUCCGCAAUGCACAGAACCACUGCAGUAAAACCAGCCAGAUCAACAUGUUAACAGCUAUGGAAAAUGAACAUCUUCCUGGCAAAUUGAGAGUGAACAUCGUCCUACAAAAUGAACCACUCUUCGCAGCAGCCUUUGACUGUCGACUUGGAAGUAAACACAUGGCUCCUAAAAGGCAGUGCCCCUUCAUCCUGGGAUAAACAGUGCGCCUUUAACCUGGGAUAAACUAUCCUGGAGAACAGUGCCUCUUCAUCCUGGGAUAAACUAUCCUAGUGAACAGUGCACCUUCCUUCUUGGAUAAAGUAUCCUAGAGAACAGUGCCUCUUCAUCCUGGGAUAAACGAUCCUUAAGAACAUACUGUACCAAGUUAACCAAAAUUAGAAUGUGGUAACUGUUCUGAUACAGUUUAUUGCAUAUGCUCAUCUAGUAAUUUUGUUGUGUAUCCUUGUUAAGGAAAGAAAUUUCUUAAUAGGGAGUACUAGUGCAUUUUGGACAAAGGCUAUCCAACAAUAUCUAUUCUUCCUACAACCAACAGAUGGCACUACCAGUGUGUGUUAUUGUAAUGAUGUCAUAGCAUACCAUUUGCUUCGAGUUAACUCCAAGCAUAUUUUUUCUAUACAUGUAUAUGAAUUUAUGUUUUCCGUACUUUCCAGAAAAUUUUUACAAUGAUAUUGUAUUAUAAACAUGCCAGACAUAUAUUACAUAACAAAUACAAUAUGUACAUAAAAAUUACAAUGAAACUUAAAAGUAUUCAAGAAACAUUGGCAUGGGAAUCUUAUAUAAAUUGCAAAAAAUAUUUAUCGAGGGAAGUAACUGUUGCCUAACACCACUCUUCAAAUUUUUCCACUCAAACUUUUCCUACAAUAAUACUGUACAAUACUUUUGUGAUUUCCCAAUAUCGAGGACAGGAAGUCUGUUAGGCUUUUCAAGGUCCCUCUAGGCCAAUGAGAGACCUUCGCAUGUGCUAAACUCCUGGGUGCUUAUUUACUGCUAAGUGAACAGAAAAAUCAGGUAUUAGAAAACAUGCCCCAAAGACUCGUCCAGUUUGGUGAUGAAAAGGAAACUUAAAGUUUAAAUAAACGUGCAUAUUUUAACAUUUUAGUUCUUUAAAUUUCUUGCUUUUACAAUUAAGAUAUUAUUAAUACAUCGUGCUGGAAUAUAAAUGUUGUUUAUGUAACAUACUCUUGUAAAUUAUUCAACGGAACAAUCCCACCUUUAUCUGGGAUCUCCUAGCCUCUUUGUCCUACAAUGCUCUGCAACGUCAACAUCGACGAUAAAUUAUAUACCCUCAUUUAAAUGUUAAUAUCACAGAGGCUUACUAAUAUAGAGCUUUGAAGUCACCACCCCUGGUUCAUGUUUUCAAUAUUUUUUUUUUAUUUUUAUUUUAUUGCAAUUAUAAAGUCUAAAUUAUUAGCUAUAUUUUAAGCUUUAUAUAAAAGAAAUUGGUCUACUCUAAAUUAUUUUGAAUUUUUUGAGCCACAAGCAAAUGUGGCAAUAAUGGCGAGUUGCCUAUUUUUGCAGGGGGGGAGGGGGAGGGAUUAUGAAAAUAUAAAACAAUCAGAUUAAUUAAAUAGAUGUCACAGGAAGGUAUAGUAUAUACAAAGUUAUAUACUACUGUAAUUAAAAUAGAUGUUAAGGAUUUGUGACGCUACAUUUUUGGCAGGAAAAUUAACAAUCUCAAAACACAUUUUUAGAGUUUUCUGACUUAGUUCCAUUAGUUUUUAUCUGAUAUUAAUAAAAUAUUCACACAUACACUACACAAAAAGCAGGAUUUACAAAUUAACUAACAACAGAUUUCUUGAUAAAGUUUUUAUCUAUAUAUUUUUUCUUUAAAACACACCAUAUUCAUAUUUUUUAUUUAUUUAUUAUUAGGAAAUAGAAAUUAGUAAUUUUGGUUAACUUAUUUCAGAACCUUGUCUGGCCUUCAAAUGAUACCAAAGAAAUUACUUUGCAUUAUUAUUUGUUUAAGCCGAAUAAAAACUAACAAAGAUAUACUUUUUUCUUUUUAACUUUGUUUAUAGUAACUAUUCUUAUAUAUUAAGACCAAAUAUCAAAGAAAUAUAAAUCUGAAAACACUAUUCUAAGUGUGACGGGGUCCUUAAGAAGUAGCAGACAAACUAGUCCAGUAAGUGUAGCUAUAAUCUGUCACAAUCCAAACAGUACAGUAUAUGACUAUGCAAAUAUUUUACGAAAUGUCUGAAACACACAGUUGCUCCAUCGUAUUGUGAGUAAGAGUGACAAAGUGUUGACCAAAGUGUUUUCAAAGUGACUGAAAGUUUAACCUAUCACCUCUGGUCUACCAUAAAUUUCUAAUGUUCUUAAUUCUAAGUCUACGCUUCGGCUUACAACUGAGGAGCUCAAAUUCAAUCCCUGGGCUGUGCAGAGGUGGUUGUCCACACUUCCUUUCACAUAAUGCCUCUGCUCACCUAGCAGUAAAUAAGUAGCUGGGAAUUAGGCAACUACUGUACUAUGGGGUUCAUUCUAGAGAAGGCUUGGAGGGCCUUGGGGACACUAAAGCCCCGAAAUCAUCUCAAGAUAACCUUGAUAAGCCCAACAUGUUUCUUCUCCCUGACUGUGGGAGAACAUAAGGUGAACCACACAAACAUCAACAUGCAUAACAGCAUUGCCAGGUGAAAAUGUAUCAAUAGUACCAUAAAAAAUUGGGAAAAUAAUUGUAGCAAUAAACUCUUUACUACAGUUCCAUUAUGUUAUUGUACUCACCGACUUGUGCCUGCAGGGUUGAGUUUUAGCUCUUGGACCCAGCCUGUGUGAAAACAUGUGAUAAUUGUUGAGCAUGUAGUACUUAGUAAUUGUCAUAGUAGAGCAUAUAGUGUUUUCAGCAAUAUAGGGAAAGACUAAACCCACGUAUACUGUAGUAUGAUUUACAUUACUUUGAUAAUAAUACUAGUGUAUUACAAGAUGUAAGAGUGCGCAUGAUGUAUGAGUACACAUGAUUUAAGUGUACCAAACAAUAUGUGGUUGAACAUGUGUAAUAAUAAUAGGUGUAAGAUGUUAUACACGUGGCAAUCGCCAUGUGUAGAAUGCGCUAAGAGCAGAUUGCAGCAUUCUGUGUCCCCUUCAAUAUGUAUAGCCUUUAAACACAACAUAUUUAGCAAAUUAUGUAAAAUAAUAUUAAAAAGAAUAUUGCGCAAUGAAAUUGCAUGGAUGCGUUAUCUUUUAUUUAGAACUUCUCUUCAUAUUGCUGUAAUAGGAUUGUAUUUCAGACUCUCUGGUGUCACCUUGAAUAGUACAGCUAUUGCUAGGUUUAUAAUGAUAGGAUUUAGGUUGUGGACCCCUCGAUCAAGCCCUGGAACCUAGGUGUUAAGCCAAGAGGUCACUUUUAAUUAUACAGUAUAUCAAGUACCGUACAACAUGUACUGUACUUGAGUAAAGUACAACAAUAAUCUAAACAAAAAUUAAUUGCUUUAAUUUUUUGCACAGUACUGUUUAAGUUUGAAAUGGUUGUUCCAAACUGCAUUUAUGUACAUUUAUGUGUAGCAAUGUGUGUAUCUUGCCUUCAUCACUUUAUUACUUUUUGGAAUAAGCUGAAGGUAUAUUACCUGAAAUUUAUUGAGUACCUUUUUUGUGUCAUUACCUAAUCAUGUACAAAUGAUAUAAAACAUAUAAAAACAA